AUGGCGGCACGCACCCGUGGCAUGGCAGACCACGUCAAGAAACAGAAUCCUCAACAGCACCCUCAUGAAGUGAAGACUCAACACUCGAAAGAGGAAGUCAAAAAGUCACUCAAGUAUGAUCCCAAGGCCUUGAAGAAUGAAGCACCGGCAAAUACUACCGCCAUCAGAGAUCAGAAACACGACCUUGACCACAAAGGCUCAUACGAGCAAGAUGAGCUCAAUGGUCGACCGGACCUCUAUGGCACUAACUACAGCAGCACUGAAGUUUCUAACAUGUCAGGUCAGACCAGACGUGAUCCCCAAGAGACGCAAGAGGAAGAAAGCGUCGAUGGAUUUCAUGAGGAUGUUGGCAGUGAGGGAUCCGACGCAGACGGUCCCGCUGAUGGCGAUGACGACAGUGAAGAAAUUCUACGCGAAGCGCAUCUCCAGAACUCCCAGAUCCAGCCAUUGAACACAGCUCGUCGAACUGGUAACUUUCCUCACACGGAGGGCGAUACGUAUCCCACAUCCACCUUGGACCCGACGACUCCUUCGGACGCCAAUGCAAGUCAUCAGAACAACGACACUGGCCAAGCCCACACGGGAUACUAUGCUCCUCAACCCGCGCCGCAGAUACCGACCCGAAGCCGAGGAACCAGACUGGCGCUCCCUAACAAUGAGCAGCCACCACACGGCUGGCAGCAGCAGCAUCAGCCUCCACAACAAAUGCAGCAGCAGCCUCAACAGCUGGACGAUGUGCCGCAGGCUGUGCGAGGCGGUCUAACAACGAAUGCCGACACCUUGAUCAGCGAGAUCAGUAGUAGUUUCAACUAUGCAAGAAUGAGACCACUUGCGCCCCGCGAUCAACACAACGCUGCUCGUGCGCAGCCACAAAGCGGUCCGGCACCCAAUAGUAUGCAGCCCAACAAUCCUGGUUCCAUAAGUGCCAUCCGAGACGCACCUACAAGAGGUCCUGACCCAGCCAACGCACUAGAUGGACAACCACGACACGUUCCAGAAAUCCACAGGUCCAAUACACCUCAACUUCAGAGCAAGCCCGCGAAUGCAAAGACCGUUCACAGACGCAAGAGUGGGAAUGCUCUGCCUGCCGCACAGACAGGGUAUAUCGAGCAGCAACAGGGUGGGAAACAACAAGUUGUCGCUGCGAACCGUGGUAGACCACAGAUCCGCCAGGAACCUGUCCGACAUGAAGAGCCUGCACCACAAUCUACGCUGGACUUGGACUAUGUCGAACCGGAAUUGUAUGACAAGACUUACGAAGAACUCAAGGAGGCCUCGUUCGAUUCCGACCCCAUGGCCGUCGAGUUCAGGUUCCACGAGAACGAGGCGAGGAAAGACUUGCCUCAGAAGCUACAUUACGUCGGUGGGCUUUCACACAAAGACCAGGUCCGCUUCUUCGAGUCACUCAAUAUCGAGACCUGGGAGGAAGCCGGAGAGUGGUUUCUGCAGCGAUUCGGCGACCUCACCGAGAAGCUGAAGGAGAAUCGCAGAGAGAAGCGCAAGGAGAUAGAGGUGUUUGAGGACGAGAUUCGUGAUCGCCACAAUACUGUCGCGAAGAAACAGAAGAUGACCACAGACGCGUUGAAGGAAAUGAAGGAGAGUGGUGGGAAGGUGCUUCAGGGCACGCCGAGGAAGAUUAGGAAGUCGAAGUGA